GUUGCCCUGUUUCAGUCCUUGUAGCGGAAGCGGCUGAGUGCAGUAGUCGGGGGACCUGUCUGGGAUCGGAAGGUCGGGGACUUCUCCGGCACUACCGGAGCGCAGGCUGCUUUUGUCCCAGGUUCCGCGGGCACAAUGAACCACGACACCGAGGUGGACAUGAAGGAGGUGGAGCUGAACGAGGUGGAGACUGAGAAGCAGCCGAUGAACGCGGCGUCGGGGGCAGCCGUGGCCGUGGUGAUGGCUGGCGGCGCCGAGAAGAACGGUCUGGUGAAGAUCAAGGUGGCUGACGACGAGGCGGAGGCGGCCAAGUUCACGGGCCUGUCUAAGGAGGAGCUGCUGAAGGUGGCGGGCAGCCCCGGCUGGGUGCGCACCCGCUGGGCACUGCUGGUGCUUUUUUGGCUUGGCUGGCUGGGCAUGUUGGCAGGCGCCGUGGUCAUCAUCGUGCAGGCACCACGCUGCCGCCAGCUGCCCACGCAGAGGUGGUGGCACAAGGGUGCCCUCUACCGCAUCGGUGACCUUCAGGCCUUCCAGCCCGGCGAGGCGGGCAACCUAGCUGGCCUGACUGAGCAUCUGGAUUACCUAAGCACCCUGAAGGUGAAGGGCAUUGUGCUGGGCCCAGUUCACAACAACCAGAAGGAUGAUUUGGCUGGGACCAACUUGCAGGAAAUUGACCCUACUUUUGGCUCCAAGGAAGAUUUUGAAAGUCUCCUGCAUUCGGCCAAAAAAAAGAGCAUCCAGGUCAUUCUGGACCUCACUCCCAACUAUAGGGGCCAGAACUCGUGGUUUCUCCCUACUGAGGUUGGCACUGUGGCCACCAAGAUGAAGGAUGCUCUGCGGUUUUGGUUGCAGGCUGGUGUGGAUGGGUUCCAGGUUCGGGAUGUGGAAAAUCUGACGGAUGCAUCUUCAUUCUUGGCUGAGUGGCAGAACAUUACCCAGGGCUUCAGUGAAGAUAGGCUCUUGAUUGCAGGGACUGACUCCUCCGACCUUCAGCAGAUCCUGAAGUUGCUCGACUCCACCAGGGACCUGUUGUUGACUAGCCCAUACUUGUCAAGCCCAGGCUCUACUAAAGAGCAUACAAAACUCCUGGUCACCCAAUAUUUGAAUGCUACUGGCAAUCACUGGUGCAGCUGGAGUUUGUCUCAGGUUGGUCUCCUGACUUCGUUUGUGCCGGCUUCCCUUCUCCGACUCUACCAGCUGCUGUUCUUCACCCUGCCAGGGACCCCCAUUUUUAGCUACGGAGAUGAGAUCGGCCUGGAGGCGGCUGCUGUUCCUGGACAGCCUACGGAGGCCCCAGUCAUGCUGUGGGACGAAUCCAGCCUCCCCAACACCUCUGGGUCAGUAAGCACCAACAUGACUGUGAAGGGCCAGGAUGGAAACCCUGGUUCCCUCCUCUCCCUGUUCCGGCGGCUGAGUGACCUGCGGGGCAAGGAGCGCUCCUUGCUGCAUGGGGACUUCCACGCACUCUCCUCGGGGCCUGGCCUCUUCUCCUAUGUCCGUCAGUGGGACCAGAAUGAACGGUUCCUGGUAUUGCUCAACUUUGGGGACCUGAGAGUUCCAGCCAAGUUGGGUACUGCCAGCCUCCCUGACAGUGCCAGCCUACCAGCCACGGCUGAGCUCCUGCUCAGCACCGAGCCAGGCCGGAAGGAGGGCGUCUUCCUUGAGCUGCAACAACUGAACCUAGAGCCCAGUGAGGGGCUGCUGUUCCGCUUCCCCUAUGUGGCCUGACAGCCAGCCUGAUCAGGACCCCUUUCUCCUUCCUUCCCGGGCCCUCUUUUUUUUUUUUAUUGUCACAGAUGAUAAAUGAUCCUCAAAGUAGUAGGGUGUUUUCUGGCUUCAAAUAAAAGUCACCCUUGCUUGGU